GCGACGAUCUCAAUCUCGAGGAGGCUCCUCCACACAUACAUAUGGAUGUACCUCCACAUAGCGGCAUCGUCGUCCCCCGAAAAGGGUCUCGUGGUCGGUCGGUCGUCUUGCAUGCCAAGAAGCACACACACAGAUCACACCGAUAACCAGAGAGUACGAGCUCUGGAAAACGGAAUGGGGCUCAUGCUUUUUUUAGUGUUCUUUGGUUUCUUUGAGCAUCUACAUAUUUUACUGCUUCUUUUGGUUCGCCCGACUGCCUGCCUGUCCCUUGGGCUGUGUUUUUUUAGGGAACCUUCAAGGCGAAUGUCCAAAAUAAAAACAACACAAAGACGGAGGAGAAGCGAAGACGACAGCCGCAUUUGAAAAGAGACAACGCAAAUCAAAUUGUAAAAGUGUUAAAGGCUGACACAUUCGAGUGUUUGACGCGUCGUCGUCGUCGUCCGUCGUCCCCGCCGAACUAUAACUUUACGUGUUUUAUGUGUGUGACUGUGUCGACCUGUGUGUGUGUGUGUAUGUGUGUGUAUCUGUGCGUGUCAUGGUAUCACUUUCAAAGACUGUCUGCCAGUCAAGGGCCAAAAAGCAGAAGCGAACAUUCGCCGACAGCUGCCAGGGAGCUUUUUUCGAUUUAAGAGAUCUCUUCAAAAAUGUCGAGUCUACAAUUAUCCAACACAUAGGCAUGGUUGUAUUCACUUCCAAAAGAUAGAUGUCUCCAAAAAAUACAUUGAAAUUUAUGUAGAAAAAUCCCUUGUUUUUGCACCUGUUUACCAAUUAAUGACCUUUUCAUAAUAAACUAGGAAUAUGAAUAUUUUUACACUUUAUUGGUAAAAUACUCCUAAGUCUGUACUAUACCGGAAGUGGAGUGAAACUCCUAGAUAUAUCUUAGAUAUCGCAAUUUCUUUAUGAGAUUUGUUUUUAGUCCCAAGUCCCAAGGAUUUCGAUUAAAAGUAGGAUUUAAUUUUCUCCCAGUUCAUUAUUAGAUGAAUAAAGUACCCUGUUCCAUUGCGGAUCUUAAGCAGAAAGGAUGAAUAUGUUAAAGAUGAAAUAUAGGUUUGUGUUUCCUAUAUUUUGAGUGCACAUUUUUCACAGAGAUAAUGUGUGACAUUUGGUUUCAAUUGGUACCCAAAGAGACGAAUAGAUCUGCAGAAGGAUUAAUAGCAGGGACUAUUAAAUACUCAACAAGAUUCCCGCGUAUCAAAAUGUUAAAAAACUCAUUAAAUACGGGUUUAAUAAAAUAAAUACCGUAGAGUUUUUUAACAAACUGAAGCAGCAUUCCUCACAAGAAUUGUGUUAAUACUGCAAUAGAAAUCGCACAGUAUUUAAAUACGGCUCCGAACCCCCUGUUGAUAUUUCGAAUAUAAUCAUUUAAAAUAGUAGCUGGCCAAAGUGAAAUUCGAUAUCAUUAAAGCGAAGAGGAAGCAGCACCAGCAGAAGCUGUACCAGAUACAUCGAUCCAUGAAUAACGUUAACGAUCGCGCACCCUCAUAAAUAUCUCUGGGAGAUCUCUCGAGCCGAAUGUUGUGUGAAUGUUAUGCCACACUAGACUCCUACGCGAUCGCUAAAAUUCGCAUUAAAUGCUAAUCCCCCGGCAAAUGACAUCUUCUUAAUUGGCCCACAAAUUUGUUAAAAGCAAUGCUAAAUCAAUAAAUACCAGAUGGAGAGGAGUAUAUCAAACUCCCACUCGAUCUGGAAAUGUUAAUUGUUGUGGCACAAUGGCACAUCGCUUUUUAACCAAUGCCAAUGGCCUCGAGGUAUGCGCUCGGGAACAACAAAUUCGUUACGACUGAAAAAACCCAAAAAAAAAAAUCUAUAAGAAACACAAAAGGUUGAGCUCAAAAAGUAGAACAAGAUCGAUCGCUGAGUCUCGAUUCGAUGUGAUUUCGUUUGAUUAGACAACGAAAUGCUCUUUGUGGCCGAACGGCUGAACGGUGGACCCAUUGGAACAAUGGGGAGCCUACAACCGAACCUAAACUGAAAUUCGAAUGCGGUUGUUGUGAGUGGAAAUGUUUUAUGAUUUGCCACACGUUGCCAUUGAGUGAAUCGAAGAAAUAGAAGAGAUAUUGCUGCUGUGGCUAAUUUGCAUUCGAUGCGGAAGCUGGAUAACCGAUGAUCAUGUGGACGAGACUCUAGAGAAAACAAAUGGAGAGGAAUAGGUUUCGAAGAAGCCGACUGUUUGGAAAUCUCAGGUCAAUCAUUAUAGCAUCCUUGUUUUAACAUCAACAUAAUCAGAAAUCAUGUAUAAGAUUUAUUAGAGGUCCUCUUCGAUAGUUCAUAAAUCCUAUAAAGUGAAUUUGUUAAAACCGAUCUAAUAAAUUCGAUUAGUCCGAUAGAAUUAUUUCUUGCAAGAAUAUACAUAAUUUUAAAACAUUUAUGUUUCGAUUUAACAUUGCCACUGAAUCGAUUUUGUAUCGAUUCAUAUCGAUUAAAGACUAUAAACCAAUCAAAUGCGUAUUUCUGGAACUUCUUCACUAAAAAAUAUCCUGCCUGCUGCUUUUGCUGCACUUUAAAUAACAAUAAAUCCUAUAACAUUCUACUAAAUAUAUCCCGAUUAUUUGGUACCAUCCCUAUAAGAAACCCGCAUAUGGACUGAGAGAAUUCCUGUCUCAAUUUCUGGCAUUGCCACCAUUAUUUGCCAAACCAAACAGGAAAUAUUAUGCAGAUCUUCAUUUCAUUUCAUUUUGAUAAACACGAAUGCUGCUUGCGACUCCUGCGAAUUGGAAUGGGGUCUGGUCUUCAGCUGGAGAGCCGAACUUUUGCCAGAUGCCCGCCGCCUGAUAGCGGGGGACGCCGUGGCAUGGCCCGACUUUCCGAGGAAAACAUGGUUAUGGCCUGGGGGCCACAGAGGCCAGCUAUGGGAGGUGGAAGGUGGCAUAUCACAGUGGGUGUGGGAGUCAUGGUGAGAAUGUGGGCGUGCUGCAACAUUUUGGCCAGGAAAGAGGCGCGUGGAGCGUGCCUCAUAAUUGGCAAAAAGUGGAAGAGGAUGGCGACGAACACCGCUAACACGACAAUUAUUUGGGCAAUGUGGUAAACGGUUUCUCGUUCCUUUUUCCUUUUUGUGGUGGCUUGGUGGCUUUUUCUCUGCUCUCUCUGGCUGUGGCCGGGCCGGGCCGUUGCGAUCGCCGCAUAACUUGGCUAACAAGCAAAAAACUGUUGACCAAAAAUUAAGGCUCGCAAUGCGCGUGCAAAGAGUCACAGAAGCAGACACAGAGAAAUGACACAUCAGAUAAGGGAAUAUCACCUACCAACAACCAGCUCCAGCCUCAGCCUCAGUCCCAGCCCCAGCCCCAAACCUCGAACCAGAGCCGAGGGAAUCCAGCUACCAAACGAGGUCUCUGCCGCGCAUCCACAGAGAGAGAGAGAAAGAGAGGAAGAUGCCACAAUUGAUUGCCACAGAACGAACCGAGGCCAGGCGCAGAAGCUGCUGAACAAUGCUGCUGCGGCUGCGGCUGCGGCUGCUGGGACUCCAACUCGAUUUGGAGGCGGCUCCUCAGGGUCGUUGCACAGCAGCGACGUCUGCGUCGUUCCCCAUUUGUACUUUGCAAUGCAAAAGACGCGACGCGACGCGACGCGACGUCCUCGGCCCUCCUGCUCCUCCGCCAAAUCCUCUCUGGAUCCCCAUGUCGAGUACACGAAGUACAACACAAAUUGUGGUGUCGAACAUCAUGUUCUCCUUACCCCAAAAGAAAUAAGACAGAGAGAAAUGAUAGAUCGUUCCUCUCAUACUGUAGAUGAAAGCAAAGAUAUAGUAAGAGGAACUAUCUCUAAGCAGGCACAUGGCCAGAGGAAAUGCUGCUGCCUCUUUCAUUGAAUGCCAAGGAUCGACGAACGAAAUAUAGUACCGUUUGCAAGGGUAUACCAACACAAUGGACCACAAAGACAGGCCAACAGAGGAGCAGACUAGUCUGGGGCUGCAUACUGCACUUUUCGGGUGGAUUUUUGAGGAAAAGUCUAAUUGAUGAGUGACUGGCUGACUCGCGGUGGCAUGUCCUAUGGCUAGACACAUGCAGCUACAGCAGCAGCUCAUUACUCGAUGCCCAAUGUCUGGGCUGCUCUGGCCUGGCCUGGCCUGGCCUGGCCGGGUCUGGUCUUGGCCAGACGGCACACAAUGGACGCAUAAAGCAAGUCGAUGGGACUUGUCCUUCCCCCCAGUGACGCGUCGCUGCGAAAAGAUGCCGAGGGUCGGCUUUUGACGCAUGAAUAAGUAAGCAAUGCCAAUUUUCAAUUUCCAAUGGCAAUGCCAAGAUCACAAAACUGAAACUUCUAGGGACAGUGGACCGCGGACCGCGGACCGUGGGCAAAGGAAAAUUCUUGGCCAUGAAGCAGAAUACUACCCAUAAAAUAUAUCACUUUUAUAAAAUCAAGAAAAUACAAGGAGAUGUUACA